CUUUAAACCAGCUGGGAUUUAUUUAAGCUCAAUUUCCUCUUGUUGGUAAAUGAGUGUCACUAAAGUUUCUGUCAGAAAUUGCAGGCAGAGGUACUCUUUUGCUUCACAUCUCAAAUCUUCUGCAUGAGACUCAUCAUGGUAAGCAACAUUCUGCUGUGGUCUCUUCAGAUAAGCCUCCUCGGAACCACUCUUGCUGGGAACAUUCUGAUUUGGCCAAUGGAGGGGAGUCACUGGCUCAAUGUUAAGAUCAUUAUAGAUGAGCUCAUUAAGAGAGAACAUAACGUGACUGUCUUGGUUGCCUCGGGUGCACUGUUCAUCACACCAACCUCUCACUCUUCUCUGACAUUUGAAAUAUAUAAAGUGUCCUUUGGCAAAGAAAGAAUACAAGGGGUGAUCAAGGAUUUUGUUUUGACAUGGCUGGAAAACAGGCCAUCUCCUUCCACCAUUUGGAGAUUCUAUCAGGAGAUGGCUAAAGUUAUCAAGGACUUCCACAUGGUGUCUAGAGAGAUGUGUGAUGGCGUUCUUAAAAAUGAAAAGCUGAUGGAAAAGCUGAAGAAAGGCAAGUUUGAAGUCCUCUUGUCAGACCCAGUAUUCCCUUGUGGUGAUAUAGUAGCUCUAAAGCUGGGAAUACCAUUCAUCUAUUCCUUGAGGUUUUCUCCAGCCUCGAAUGUGGAAAAGCACUGUGGGAAGGUACCAUACCCUCCUUCCUACGUUCCUGCUAUUCUCUCGGAACUCACUGACCAGAUGACUUUUGCUGACAGAGUAAGGAAUUUCAUCUCCUACCACCUACAGGACUACAUGUUUGAAACUCUUUGGAAACCAUGGGAUUCCUACUACAGUAAAGAGUUGGACGGUAGCCACUGGUUAAAUAUUAAGGUCAUUUUAGAAGAGCUGACUCAAAGAAAUCACAGUGUGACUGUACUGACUUCCUCAACAACCCUAUUCAUCAGUUCAAGUCCUGAUCUUUUAGUGGAUUUUGAAGAGAUACCUGUUUCUGUUAACAAGAGCUAUUUAGAGUCCUUAAUCGAACAUAUGAUAAUAAUGUGGAUGGACCAUAAACCAACUCCUCUCACACUAUGGGCUUUCUACAAAGAACUAGGAAAGUUGUUAGAGGCUUUCUUUUUAAUCAAUGUACAACUCUGUGACCGUGUAAUAAACAACCUCACAUUGAUGGCAAGACUUCAGAGAGGUGGUUUUGAUGUGCUGGUAGCAGACCCAGUUACACUGUGUAGUGAAUUGCUUGCUCUCAAAUUAGGAAUUCCAUUUGUGUACACACUGAGGUUCUCUCCGGCCUCCACAGUGGAAAGACACUGUGGGAAAAUCCCAGCACCAGUCUCCUAUGUACCUGCGGCCUUGUCAGAGCUCACUGACCGGAUGACUUUUGGCGAAAGGGUUAAAAACAUUUUCUCUUAUUUUCUACAAGACUAUAUAUUUCAUUCCCAUUGGAGAGAAUGGGAUUCCUACUACAGUAAAACUCUAGGGAGGCCCACUACACUAUGUGAGACUAUGAGUAAAGCUGAAAUCUGGCUAAUUCGGACAUACUGGGACUUUGAAUUUCCUCGUCCAUACCUGCCUAACUUUGAAUUUGUUGGAGGACUGCAUUGCAAACCUGCCAAACCUCUACCUCCGGAAAUGGAAGAAUUUGUCCAGAGCUCAGGUGAAGAUGGUAUUGUGGUGUUUUCUCUGGGGUCCAUGGUGAAAAACCUCACAGAGGAAAAAGCCAACCUCAUUGCCUCAGCCCUCGCCCAGAUUCCGCAGAAGGUUUUAUGGAGAUACAAGGGAAAGGAGCCGGCCACGUUAGGACCCAAUACUCGGCUGCUUGACUGGAUUCCCCAGAACGACCUUCUUGGCCACCCAAAAACCAAAGCUUUCAUCACUCAUGGUGGAACAAAUGGGAUCUAUGAAGCUAUUUAUCAUGGGGUCCCCAUGGUGGGAGUCCCCAUGUUUGCUGAUCAGCCUGACAACAUUGCUCACAUGAAGGCCAAAGGGGCAGCUGUGGAGGUCAACAUGAACACAAUGACAAGUGCAGACCUGCUGGGUGCCUUGAGAGCAGUCAUCAACGACCCUUCUUAUAAGGAGAAUGCCAUGAGGUUAUCAAGAAUUCACCAUGAUCAGCCAGUGAAACCCCUGGACCGAGCAGUCUUCUGGAUCGAGUUUGUCAUGCGCCACAAAGGAGCCAAGCACCUGAGGGUUGCAGCCCACGACCUCUCCUGGUUCCAGUACCACUCACUGGAUGUGAUUGGGUUCCUGCUGGCCUGCUUAGCAACUGCUAUGUUGUUGGUCACAAAGUGUUGCUUAUUUUCCUACCAUACGUUUAUGAAGGCAGGAAGGAAGAUGAAGAGGGAAUAGAUCUUUCUAAGUUUGACAAAGUGCUGAAUUGGGCAAUAAUAUUAAUUCCAGUCCCAAAGAACUCACUGAAAACCCACCUUGAUCUUAUUUACAAAUAUCUUCUUUUGUUUCUGUGAACACUGAAUCCAUGUUUAGCCAAUGUUAGCAACAUUCUGAAAAGUUACUCAUAUUCAUGUGGUUUUUGUUGUUCUCAUUAUGAGGGAGAAAGUCUAUAUUUCAACCAGAUGAGUCUUCAUUUGCCUUUUCCUCUGGGGCUUUACCAGGGAGCUAUUCAUUCUACAUACAUUCUAUUCAUAAUGUCAUUUAAAAUUUACCUUUGAUUGAUAUGCUAAGUCUAUUUGGAAUUGUUGGGAAACUUCCCAAUGUACAUGGAAUUUGGUGAAUGGAAGGAACUCACAAUUGUCAAAUUCCCACUUCUCCAUAGAUCUUACAAUUGAAGAACCAUCAUCACAGGAGAUCAGUCUAUUAAGGGAAAAUAAUGAUUUUCUUGCAUAAUAAAAAUCAGCUCUUUAGCUUGCCAAAUGUUACAGGAAUGUGAGUAUGAAUUUACACAGUAAUAGUGCAUCACAGUGUGAAAGAUUUAUCUCUACAACUCUACAAUUUUUAUUGAGCACAUUUAGAUAAUCACAAUCUGCUUUUCUGUUCUUUCUAAGGAGAUCCUUUUGUGUGCUCCCCACCCAGUGAGUCACAAUUUUGGCUCAUUAAAUUUCAAAGAAUAGAUUAAUAGAGUGAUCAUUUUGCCUAAUACAAAAUGUUAAAUUUGAAUAAAAUAUUUGUAAUGGGUACAACAAAAAGAAAUAUCAAAGGAUAUAUAAUUUUGUGAAAUUUUAAACUUGGAAAAAUAUUGAUCACAUUAUUGUCAAUUCAUUGUAUUUAAAAAUCAGUAGAGUUUAAUAUGUAAUCAGUAUUUAUAAUGAAUUUCAAUGUUACACCUACAAUAAACAUUUACAAUUUGAGAUUA